GUCCUCUUCAGCCUUCUGGUUUGCGUCUCGUGAUCACCACUAGUAGAGAUGGCUCUAACCUGUUUACGAAACAGCGCGAAGCGGGUGUUGUAGUGUCCAAGGCAUUACCGACAGCGGCAGCUGAGUAUCCAACACCAUUGUCGCUGCCUCCACCCUUUGCCAAUUUGAAGGGCCUUGGUCGCUCGUAUGCCCGGAGUUACGAGGAAGAGAAAGUGUCGUUACGGGAUGCGAGCGGUGAUGAUUACAGCGCUGACGUUGGCGAUGAUGAUCGUCUGUCGGAGGUCUCGGAUGAAUCGGAUUGUUCCUCGGACAGCAGUGACUCCUCAUGGGAAUCGGACUGUUUUAUUACGCAUGGUUCUGGGGAGAUAGGUCCUAGACUGUUCACCGUUGUCGGUCACGGCGACGUGUGGGGUGACCUUGUGUCGCCUCCCUUCCUGGGUAACGCGGUCGGUUCAGCUGCUAAUUUUGGGCAAGUCAUGUAGCUUGAACUGCCACGGUGUGACGCCCGAACUACGGGGUAUAGAAUGAUAUCAUUUGCUGCUUGUGUGUAUUGAUAAUAGGAGUUAGCGUCGUUCACUAGGAAUAUGUCUUAAUGUUAGACGAACAUUUUCAUGAUGUGAUCACGAUGCUUUUUUGUAGUGUAUUGGAGUCGAGCCAGAACAUUUGAUGCGAAUAAUAUUCCUUUUUUCUGCUCGUGCUGUUACUGAUUAAUAAGGGAACUAUAUGAUUUGUUUGCUAUACCACACUUACUCUACUUGUUCUUUCUAUUCCUUCCGACUGAGAUUGUCGCUUGCGAGAAGCGAUGAUUACUUGUUGAUUGUUUGGUGGGAGUUUCUAUUGAUACUAUUCCUACUAUUCUUACUAAAUUUUCUGUAUGCUUUCGUCGAGGUUGAGGCUUGCGCUUGUACAUGACGCUUAUAGUGGAGUGCGAGUUCAGGGCAUAGCCACUACUGAUAGUGCUGCUGCUGUUCCUUAAUGAGGUUGU